AUGAUUUACACAAAUAAUAUUAAUAUUCUUCUCUUCAUCACAUUAAUUCUUACUUUUAUCUUUGCUAAUGGUGAACAAUCUAAUAAUGGAAAAUGUGAUGAAAAUACGGUGAAUAUACAUAUGCUUAAAUGUUAUAAAGAAUAUAUCGAUGAUACAAUUGAUAUAACAUCACCUGAAAAUGCAUAUUAUAUGGAAGGAGCAUUACUUUGCCAAGCUUAUAACAAAAGUUCAUUAUAUCGUGGAUGUCUUUAUUCGAUCUUUAAUCAAAAUGAAGUUUGUUCUGCUGAUCAAUUUCCAUUUUCUUAUGAAUAUUCGAAAAUCUAUUGGAAAUUAGUAACGAGUUCAUGUGGUGUAACAAGUCGGGAUUCUUGUCGUCCAUCUCGUUUAAGUCAACAAGUUUUAAGUAAAUGUCAUUAUUCAUUUGAUGAUAAAUAUCCAACAAAAUGCAAAGAAUUUUUACGUUCUGUUAUAUGUAUGGGAGAACAUGAAAUGGAAUUGAUACCAUCAACAUCUGGAUCACAAUGUUCGAGAAAUAAAGCUUAUUAUUAUUAUUAUGGAGAUCUUGCUGCACGUCUUCAAUUAGCCAUCAAUGUGUGCGAACAAGAACCAUUAUCUUAA